UGGCCAGGCCGUCGGCGAGCGGCCGUGUUUGUGAGUGUGUGUCGUUGUGUUUGUGAGUGUGUGUGUGUCGGUGUCGCACCACCAUGCCAAGGUCUUUCCUGGUGAAAAAGGUGAAACUGGAUGAUUUCUCCACCGGAGCGGAUUUGGAGAACGUCUACCGGCACCGGACAGACCUCAGCCUGCGGCUCCACGACAAAGGUUACAUCAGUGAGUACAUCAGCCCUGUUGUGUACGAUGGUGAGAGCGACAGUGGGAUCAAGAUACCCUCCCCCGACACCCUCUACGAUGGUAUCCACAGUGACUACGGGGCCCCUGACUCCGAGUCCCCCGACAGUCCUGGCUCGGAAAUCACUGACGGUUAUAUCAACGGAGACGCUGCUGUGAGCGAGGGCUACACAGUUGACGCCUUCUUCAUCACAGACGGCCGCUCGAGGAGGAAAGCUAUCAGCAGUCCCAGGACCAUCCAGAGGCACACCUGCAACGAAUGCGGUAAAACCUACGCCACGUCUUCCAACCUGAGCCGGCACAAACAGACACACCGCUCGCUGGACAGCAAGCUGGCAAAGAAAUGUCCGACCUGCGGUAAGGUGUACGUGUCCAUGCCCGCCAUGGCCAUGCACCUGCUCACGCACGACCUCAAGCACAAGUGUGACGUGUGCGGGAAGGCGUUCAGUCGGCCCUGGCUUUUACAGGGCCACAUGCGCUCCCACACGGGCGAGAAGCCGUUUGGAUGUGCCCACUGCGGCAAGGCCUUCGCUGACCGCUCGAACCUGCGCGCUCACAUGCAGACGCACUCGGCCUUCAAGCACUUCAAGUGUAAACGCUGCAACAAGACCUUCGCGCUCAAGAGUUACCUGAACAAGCACUACGAGUCUGCCUGCUUCAAAGGCCCCUUCUCUCCCCUCGGCCCCCUAGAUGCAUGACCCCCCUGCAUAGAUAAAACAGCGGACAAAACUGCAGACAUAAAUUACCAUUAUCCUUACAGAACGAACUGCAGACACAAACAUCUAUUUUUGGUCAGAAUAUGACCUUGCUUUCCCUCCUCCCGCUCUCUCACUUCCCCCCACCUUGCUUUCCCUCGGAGCCUAUUCAUGAUGAUGAAGAUAGCACAAUUUUUCUCCUUGAGAUUUGCCCACUUAAGGAUUUAACUGAUCUACGCAUGCACUUCCUCAAAAACUCUUCACCUCCUCUUCCUCCGUCGGUUCUGGAUGGAGACAAUAACACGGCUUCCUUCUGGCAUCUAGAUACAGUAUGGCGUCAGGCAUUUUGGGACAGUGAUGAUGACGACGACAAAGACGAUAGCAAGCCUCUAGCUACUGGGUUCCUCCCUGCACUGAAACGCAGUGAAAGAGUUUUUCCUUCUGAUUUUGUUUUUUGGGGGAAUAAUAGUAAUAACAAUAGUAAUAAUAAUGAUAAUAAUAAUGUU